CGACGCCGUCGGUCCUUUUCUUUUCGAUCUUCAAGAGAGUUCCAUCUCGCGUUCUUCACGACGAACUCUUUUUCCCUUGGAACGAAUGAGCUCGAACCAGUCUCGUGAACAAACUACUUCGUCGUCACCUUUGGCAAACAGCGCUGCUUCCACCAGGACGUACGCGAACGCCACCCAAAAGCUUGAUUCCGAGCUCGCCUCAGCGCACCAUGGAAAUUCGCCCUCAACGACUUUAAACACAGUGAACGGCAAAUUAUCCAUGCAGAAUCCUCAAACUUCCGGAGUGACCAUCGUGAAUGGCGCUCCUCCCGUCCAUGCGACGGACCACACCAGGAAACAAUCAGUGACUAUUACCUCGGCUGGCGCCACUGGCUUCAUCCCGAAUGGUGGCCCUGCUGGAAACCCGAAUCGCAACAGCAUUCAGUUUGGUUCGGUAGAUCAGCAAAAUUCGCCUGCGAUGAGUUCUCCCGCUCUCCCCGUUAGCCAGCCUCAUAGCAGUCUUAACGUUGCGCAACCGGUGAAUCCUCGUAUCACCUCGCCGUCGACCUCCCCUUCGCCUAUCCCUCAACCCGCAUCGAGCGGCGGCCGGCCGCCGUCCACAUACCAAGCCCCAGGUAAUGCGCCUAACUUUGGCAGUUUUGGCGAGGCAUCUGGAGACGCUAUGAGAAUGGGCCAAAAUAAUCUCGGUCCUGGCCCCCAGGCUACUCACCUUCGUCGCGAAUCUUCUCAGUCUCAGCAUAGUGACAUGGGCGGACACAUUCCCGGUGGUCCAGGUGGUCCAGCUCGCGGUGGCUACCAAGGUGGUCGCGGUCGAGGAUACUCUGGAUCCGGAUACCAGAAUCAAAUGGGAUAUCAGUCCGGUCCCAACUAUCGAGCGACACCAAAUCAACCUCGAGGCGGACCAAACAUGGGCGCUCCUUUCCAUGCACCGAAUCACGGACGCCCCAUACCCUAUCCCAGCUCUCCUCACCAGGCAGCUCGCAGCCCUGCCAUGUCGAAUGCUAACCCUGUUACGCCGCAAAUGAGUCACGUACCUAUGUCGCAUUCCCAGAUGGCUAAUCAACACUACGGUGCUUACAACCAACACAUGGGACCCCAAAAUGUGAGAACCCGAAAUUUUUCUUCUUCUUCUCUUAAUAUCAACAAAUCCUGGAAAAACAAGAAAAUGGACCCUUAUCAGAAAAGUAAUUGGCGGCAGAAGAGUUCGCAAGGGACCCAAAGCGAUGAGUCUUCUGUCACUUUGCCAAAACGUCCUCCUGUCAUUUACCCUAUGGACCCUCCACCUCCACCUCCACCUCCCCCUGCACCUCGUCAAUCCUCUAUCAAUCUUAAUCUUAAUCUUGCUCCAGAAAGUGGACAAUUUGAACAGUUUCUAACAAUGGUGAAAAAUCAGAAUUAUCCGCACGGCGGUUAUGACCCUAAUAGCGGCUACUACUACCCAGCAUACGGCGUUCAACAGAAUAUGUACAUGCCCCCUUCGCCUCAACCUCGUCCUGGUAUUCCCUACGGUCAGCCUACUCAGUUCAUGCCAAACCAGUUCCCCGCCGGAGCUGUACCGCCACCGGUCCAGUCUACUCCUCUUUCGAGAAGCACUUCCCAAAUCUCCAACGAUCGUCCCGGGUCGAGUCUUGGUCAGGGUCCUGCUGCGGCAGUGGCCCCUGCUCCCGGUCAUGCUCACACUGAAAGCAGGUCCUCAAACAGCCCAGCUCCGCAAAAGAAUCACUUCAUCAUUCCGACACCAAAGAAGAGCGCCAUCGUCAUCAAGGAUCCUAACAGCGGUGCCGUGAAGUCAUUCGAGAAACAGCCAGCAUCUCCAGCUCGUGCUACUCCAUCCCCUGUCAAGGGCUCCGCUCCUACGCCUCCCCCUCGUGCCACCAGCGGUGUCGAUCAUGCUCGUACUGAGAGCAAGUCAGUGAAGACUGACGAGGAGAAGAAGAAGGAGCUUCGUGAUGCCGUCCGAAUGAAGAUCGAACAGGAUGAAGCUGAGCAACGUCGCAAGGAAGAGGAUGCUCGCAAAGCAAUUGAGAGCCUUUCUAUAGCUGACAAGGAGGAGAGUAAAGCCAAGGCAGAACCCACCGCUACCCCUGCCGCCGAACCUACCAAGGAAGAAGUCAAACCCGAGGUUGAAGAACCUGUUGUAGAGAAGAAGGCCGAAGAGAAGGCUGCACCCUCUGCUCCAGCUGGUGGCGAUGAUGAGAUCGACUACGAUGCGAUCGAGCGCGAAUUGGCAGAGAUUGAAGCAAGGGAAGCAGCUGCUGAAGCUGAGUAUCAGAAGAAGAAGCAGGCUCAGAAGGAAGAAGCCGAGCGCAAGAAGAAAGAGGAAGAGGAAGCCUAUGAGCGCAACAUGAAGCAGGCUGAACGCGAAGCCGAGGCUGCCGAAGAAGCCCGUCUCAAGAAACUCGAAGCUGGCGGCGCUGCUGAAGAAGACAGCUCCAAGCUUUUCGCAUCUUUGCGCAAAGGUGGGCUCCCUGCAAGCGAGAGCCCUGCUCCUCAGACUCCCGACGACAGUGGCGCUGCAACACCUGUCUCUCAGUCCGAUGCUUCUAUGGGUCCUCCAUCCAAGCCUGCCAGUGUUUCAAAAGCCAAGCCUGGUCCUCUGAAACUCGAGACCAAACCCGUUGAACCACCACAGCCUAGCGCAGCUCUCAAAUCCUUGCACAGCGCCAAGUUUUUGGACAGUCUGGCCAAUGUCACAUAUCCUCCUUCGAUUGCUUCUCCCAACCCUGCUUUGAACGCCAGUGCCCCUUCGGAUCGCAAGUUCAAGUACAACAAGGAAUUCUUACUUCAGUUCCAGAAUGUCUUCAAGGAGAAGCCCACUUUGGACUGGGACCUUCGUAUCCGCGAGACUGUUGGAGAUAGUGAUACUUCACGACCACAGUCCGCUCGUACUCCUGGCGCUGGCCGCACCGCUUCUCGUGGUGGUAUCCCGUCCAACUUCAAGAUGGGUCAGUUUGGAGGUGGUAGUACACCCUCCGUUGGAACACCAAGGGAUGCUUUCCCCAACCCUACUGGCCGCAUGCCAUCCAUGGGCAGCGGUCCCUUUGGACCAUUUGGCCGUCCUGGCUCGAUGGGCCCUGGUUCAUUGAGUCGUCCUGGUUCUUCUGCUGCUCUGCACAAUGUGCCGCAAUCUCCUCGUCCAGGUUCCAGCAGGACAGGCACCCGCACAGGAAGCCGACGCGACAAACAAAGCGCCAAGAAGGAGGAAGAAACUAACAAGGCCAUGCCUCUCACUGCCGGUCUUAGCCUCAAGCCUCUUGAGAUAUCCUCCAGUGGUUGGAAGCCUCGAAGCGUUGCACAAGCAACUGCCGGACCUACUCCAGGUGGUGAAUCCGACUAUAUGCCUCCUGACGUUGUGCAACGUAAGGUCAAAGCCAACUUGAACAAGAUGACCCCCGAGAACUUUGACCGUAUCGCCCAACAAAUUCUCGAUAUUGUUUCUCAGUCCAAGAAUGAAACAGACGGUCGUACUCUGCGUCAAGUCAUUCAACUCACCUUUGAGAAGGCUACUGAUGAAGCUCACUGGGCUCCGAUGUACGCUAAGUUCUGCAAACGUAUGCUCGAGAACAUGAGCCCCGAAAUCAAAGAUGAGAAUAUCAAGGAUAAAGCCGGCAAUGUUGUUGCAGGUGGCAGCUUGUUCCGUAAAUACUUGUUGAACCGUUGUCAAGAGGAGUUUGAGCGUGGAUGGAAAGUUAAUCUCCCACCCAAACCAGAGGGCGACAGCGAGGCAGCUGCGUUGAUGUCUGAUGAAUAUUACAUUGCUGCUGCCGCCAAGCGCCGUGGUCUUGGUCUUGUCAAGUUUAUUGGUGAGCUGUACAAAUUGGGCAUGUUGACAGAACGUAUUAUGCACGAGUGUGUUAAGAAACUUGUCGAUUAUGAGGGUGUUCCUGAUGAGGCUGAGGUGGAGAGUUUGACCAGUUUGCUGCGAACCAUCGGUGCCAGCUUGGACGUUUCCGAGAAGGGCCAUGCUAUGAUGGAUGCUUACUUUGGUCGUAUCUCUAUGAUGAUGGAGACACCUGGUCUGCCGAGUCGUCUCAAGUUUAUGCUUAUGGACGUUGUCGAUUUGCGUGCCGCCAACUGGGUAUCUAAAGGUGGCGACAAGGGUCCAAAGACUCUCCAAGAGAUUCGCGAAGAGGCCGCUCGCGCUCAACAAGAAGCCGAAAUGGAACGUCUCCGUCAACAAGCCAGCCGUGGCGGUGGUGGCCGUAUGCCCAUGGGCCGCGGCGACGCACGCAACUUUUCCGGCGACUACCGCAACCAAGCCCCCCCUCCAGACUACACAUCCAGCAAAGUCGGCAGCGAUGAUCUGCGUCGACUCAAGACCUCGCGCACUAUCAACCAACCAGCCUCAUUCGGACCGUCCAGCAUGUUCGGUUCUCGUAGUAGCAGUGGUCGCAAGAACCUUGGCCCAGGUGGCAAUUUGGUUCGUGGUGGUGAGGACAGCGGAGCCAGUAGCCGCACUGGUACGCCACCAGCAGGAAAGAAGGAUGAGAAGGAGGCAGCAUCCUCCGUUAACGCAUUUAGUGCCCUAGCCAGUCUAGAAGACAACAUGGCAACCUCACCCCCGUCAAACCCGACAUCCCCCGAGUUAACAAAAUCACAACCAGUCAAGAACGAAGGAGAAUCAGCAUAGAUUGAGUGAAAAAGAAAAGAUAGCGAAGACGAGAAAUUCAAGAAGAACUUAUUAAUAAAGAAGAAAAAAAAGGUCAAUAAUCAUUAACCCAAGAUACCACCAUCAUUCCUGUACCAACUACUUACCCAUACCAUACAAAAACAAAAACCCACCGCAAAAAGGAAAAAAAAAAAGCCUAUCACAAUUCUAUGCAUUUGCAUCCGGGUUGUUUUUUUGUCCCCUUCGUUUUUCGAUGUUUGACCUUUUUCGGGAAAGACAAAAGUUUGGGUUUUGUUUAUAAGAUUAUAAUAUUUACCUUCUUCUUCUUCUUCUUCUUCUUCUUCUUCUUCUUCUCAUUUUUACUUCUUUCUUGUA